CCAAGUAUCGGCUCUUAGACCAAUGACACAUCGCUCCGAUAGAAGUGAAACCAGAGCCCAGUUCAGCUCAAACCCGUUUGAAACUCGGCAGAAGUUAAGUCUUUAGUGACACAUUUUACGCAUCUGCUGUUUUGUCACUUUAAUAAUGAGCGACAGCGAGAGAGAAUUCAGGGAUCAGGACUCACGGGCCGGCUCAAGGAGCGCUUCCCCUCGCGGCUCGGCAAAAUCCACCAGCCGUUCGCCGGCGCGCUCCAAAGGUAGCUCUCACCGGUCCAGGUCCAGAUCUCGUUCUCGGUCUAGAUCCAAGUCUAGGUCUCGGUCCCACCGAAGCUCCCGCAGGCACUACUCCCGUUCUCGUUCGCGCUCCCAUCACCACCGCUCCAGGAGCCGGUCUCGUAGCUCAGAGUACCACCAUCGUCGGAGCCACAGCCGCUCCCCCAUGUCAAACCGUCGCAGACAUAUUGGCAACAGGGCCAACCCGGACCCCAACAACUGUCUUGGCGUGUUUGGUCUGAGCCUGUACACAACCGAGAGGGACUUGAGGGAGGUGUUCUCAAAAUACGGCCCACUGAGUGACGUUAACAUUGUGUAUGACCAGCAGUCACGACGCUCGAGAGGGUUCGCCUUCGUCUACUUUGAAAACUGUGAAGACUCCAAGGAGGCCAAGGAACGCGCCAACGGAAUGGAGCUUGACGGACGAAGGAUCCGAGUGGAUUUCUCAAUUACCAAACGCGCCCACACUCCCACUCCAGGAAUCUACAUGGGCCGCCCCACAUAUGGCGGAGGUGGAGGUGGCGGCGGCGGCGGCAGCAGCAGCAGUAGUGGUGGGUCGUCACGUCGCGUCUCGAGGGACUACGACCGGAGCUACGACAGAGGCUAUGACAGAGGUUAUGAUCGUGACUAUGAUCGCUACGAUGACCGAGAGUACCGUUCAUACAGACGCAGAUCUCCGUCUCCUUACUAUAGCAGAGGGUACCGUUCUCGGUCUCGAUCGCGGUCCUACUCACCACGUCACUACUGAGCAGUGAAAGAAGAGUCUACAAUUGUGUUAUUGCGUGGAUGCUUGUCUGUUUUUAUGUUUACACCAUAUUAUGUACGUUUAAAGGAAUUCUUGAUCUUUGUUUUUCAAAAGUUUAACAGAAAUCCCUUAAUUGAAGUUUGUCUGAGCACUGCCACAUCAGCAGUGAAUUACUCACCAUCAGAUUUACAAGAAGGAAAAACAAAAGAGUCUUGCCACAAUUUCAAUGUGGCGGUGUGGGAAUGUUCAGAGCAAAGAAAGCGGAAUUGAAAACAACCAGUCAUGAAGUGGUAAUGAAAGAUGGGUCUUUUCUGUGUGAGUUUUACGGUUUCUCAUUUGUCUCUACUUAUUGAACCAUCAAGUUCCUAAUUUUAAAUGCCACGUUUCUUUUUGUUUCUGCCUCUUUUUUUCUUGUGAGAAGUACAUUUUUGAUGUCUGUAAAUAAGCAAUUGAAGAUUAUAUAUUAAAGUCUUGUUUAUUACCACUAUUGUA